AUGGCGCCACCAAUACCGCUUCGGCUGGCCGCUAGUCGCAUCGCUGCGUUUGGAUCAGUCGUAUCACGAUCAUCUGUACCUUCGCGUCUUCCCUCAGGCUCGGCAGCUUCGCGCACUGCUUUCCACCCCUCCACCUCAUCAACAGAUAGGCGCAAUCAUGGUUCAAUAGCGUCUCUACCGCCGAGACACUUUAGCUCCAGCAGCUCGGCACGCGCGGCCGACAGGCAGCGCGACGCGAACCGUCCGAAGCUGCAAGGGUUGCCCGACAAGGUCGACGUGUGCAUCGGACCUGCAGGUCGACUCUCCAAGGUCAUCGCGCCUCGCCGCGGCUCCAAGAUUACCACGCGCGUCGGAAGCAGCUAUGCAGGCACGCAUACUUUCUCCUGGAUCGAGCCGCCUUCGAACGUGCUCAUCGUCAAAAAGGCACGCGAUACCCGGGCCACCAAGGCCAUGGCGCACAUCAUCCGACACAUGCGCGCCACCUACCCUCACGUCAACAUUAUCCUCGAAUCCGAGGUGGUCGACUCGGACGACGGACAGCUCGCUUCUACCUACCCAGAGCUCGUAUCUGCGCAUCCGUCGGAGAAGGCUGCGCUGGCCGCCAAGACAGACUUUGUCAUCACACUCGGCGGCGAUGGCUCCAUCCUGCAUGUGUCGAGCCUCUUCGACAGGGAUGCUGUGCCGCCCGUGCUCAGCUUCUCCAUGGGCACGCUUGGAUUCUUGCUCCCGUACGAUAUCAAGGGGUACAAGCAGGCGCUCACCGACAUGAUGAACGGCGAUAUCAGCCUGUUGUUACGCAUGCGCCUCAGGCAGACCAGCCACAGGAAGGACGGCCAGACCUUCUGCCAGAUUCAAGACCAGAUGGACGGCGGCGGCUGCUACGACGUCCAUCUCAUGAACGAGGUCACGCUGCAUCGUGGCAGAGAGCCGCACAUGACCAAGAUCGACGCCUUUGUCGACGGGCAGCAUCUCACCCAGGCUAUUUCCGACGGCCUUAUCAUUGCAACGCCGACCGGAUCAACGGCCUACUCUCUGUCUGCCGGUGGACCGAUUGUGCAUCCUUCGGUGCAGAGUCUGGUCCUCACGCCCAUCUGCCCGCGUUCGCUCAGCUUCCGCACCGUGCUGCUUCCCAGCGACUCGGUCAUCCAGCUCAAAAUUUCGGACGACUCGCGCUCGCCCGCCGAGCUUACGGUGGACGGCCGCGUAUCCAAGCUGCUGCAGCCGGGCGAGUACCUGCAGGUUUCCAUGAGCCCCUUCCCCAUCCCCUGCGUCAGCCGCAAGUGGUCCGACCGCCACGCUCACCCUCCCGGUGUGGGCGACAGUAUACCCGAGCCCGUGGCGAUGGGCGAAAAGUACUCGGACCGCGGCGAGGACGACUGGGUGCGCGACAUCAAUACACUGCUCAAGUUCAACGCCAGCUUCGGCGGGCGUGGCACGCUCAGCGGCAACGGCGGCUUCGAAGAAGAGGAAUAG